AUGGACGUCACAGAUAAGUCGCCUAUCAUAAAAAAUCCAAGUGGAAAAUAUAUUGGCUCUGGUCAAAGGAAAGUGGUCGUUAAUCUGUACAACGCUUUAGUUAAAAGACAGCUUGAAAAUCCAGACAGCCCCCGGUUGACCUUCAGACAAACGAUCGUCGAAAUUUCUAAAUCUACGGGUCUCGGACAACGUACAGUACAAACAACGUUGUCGGAAUAUAAAAAUCAAGGUACAGUUUCGUCACCUAAUAAGAAGAGAAAAACACCUGCAAUAGUUGAUAAAAUUGACGAAUUUGAUAAAAAUGCAAUUCGGCAAUUAAUACACAAUUUUUGGAGGAGACGUGAAGUGCCAACAAUUCCAAAAAUUCUAACAGCCAUUAACGAGGAUGAAACAUUGCCGAAUUUUAAACGUACGUCAUUUCAGAAGGUAUUAAAAGAUUUACAAUUUGAAUACGUAAAAAAAAAUCGUAACAGUGCGCUUCUGGAAAGGGAAGAUUUAAUAAACUGGCGCCGAGAUUAUUUACGAAAAAUAAGGCAUUACAGAUCGCAAAAUCGACCAAUAUAUUUUUUGGAUGAGACGUGGGUCAAUGCAGGCGAAACACACAGCAGAACGUGGAUGGAUACGACAGUAAAAUCUUCACGUGAUGCAUUUCUUAAAGGCCUAACCACGGGACAAAAAGAACCCUCCGGAAAAGGUAAACGUCUCAUCGUUCUACACAUCGGGUCAACAGAGGGUUUUGUCCCGGGGGGCCUAUUAUGUUUCAAAUCGAAAACCAAUUCUACAGACUACCAUGACGAGAUGAAUGGUGAUACGUUUUAUGAGUGGUUUGUCCGUAUUCUACCUUUAUUACAAGAAAACGCCGUCAUCGUUAUGGACAAUGCUCCCUAUCACUCCGUGAAGAAAUGUCAAAUGCCAACAAUGAGUUGGAAAAAACAAAAAAUAGUAGAUUGGCUUGAGAAUAAAGGUGAAAUCGUGACCCAUCCAAUAGUCAAAAUCGAUUUAAUGAAAAAAGUGCGAAAACUGAAAAAACAAUACGACAAAUACUUCAUUGAUGAAUACGCAAGAGACAACCAAAAAAUCUUAUUGCGAUUACCGCCAUACCACUGCGAGCUAAAUCCAAUUGAGCUCGCGUGGUCCUCAGUAAAAAAUUACGUCCGGACGCACAACAAUACUUUCAAAUUAAAGAACGUACUUGAUUUAUUGAAAAAAGGGGUGGAACAUGUAACACCAGAAAUGUGGAGUAAUUUUGUUGGACAUGUCGUAAAAGAGGAAGACAAGUUUUGGAACAUUGAACAUUUAACUGACGAAUUAUUGGACGAAGAACCCGACGAUGGACGUCAUAUUCUUACAAUAGGAACAGGUGACACGUCAAGUUCUUCAGAUUUAGACUCCGAUUAA